UGCAGGAACCAGAACCUCCACAGAUUAAAGAGGAACUGCAGGAGCCAGAACCUCCAUUGAUUAAAGAGGAACUGCAGGAACCAGAACGUGUGUACAGCUCUCACAUGUCAGCAGUCGUCCCUGAGCAUCGGGUGACUGAAGAGGAUCCCUGCAACCAGUACAGGAAAUUCAAAGACGAACACGAGGAACCAGAACCUCCACAAACUAAAGAGGAACUGCAGCAACCAGAACCAUCACAGAUGAAAGAGGAGCCAGAGGAGCUCUUCAUCAGUCAGGCUGAAGAGCAGCUUGAUCUGAAGCAGGAGACUGAUACCUUGAUGCAGAUCCCUACUUAUGGGGAAGAUGAGAACAGUGAAGCAGAUCUAAACAAUCAGCAGAGCUUUAAUGUCACUGAUAGUCAGGAUGAAGAAGGAAACCAACAUGAAGAAUCAACAUCAACUACAGAUGAAGAGACAGACCCACAGAACAGGGAACAGAGGAAGAGAAGAGACAGAAGUCAUGUCCAAAAUAUGGACAGAGCUCAGAUGUCAGAAAGUGACUCUGUUGGAAAAAAAACGAGAGAGGUAUCUUUGGUUAAGAAAUGCCAACAAUCUACAAGAGGAAAAAGAUCUACCUUUAACAAGUUUGGUAAAAGAAAGGGAAUUGCAAAAAAUGUGUCAAUGAGAACUGAGUCUGAAAGACCUUAUGUCUGUCAAGAAUGUGGUAAAAGCUUUAAUUACUGGUCUAAAGUCAAAUGUCACAUGAGAACUCAUACAGGAGAAAAGCCUUUCUUGUGUAAAGAAUGUGACAAACGUUUUACUCGUAUUUAUAGUCUCAAAAAACACAUGAGAACUCACACAGGAGAGAAGCCUUUUCCUUGUAAAGAUUGUGAAACAAGUUUUCGUCAAAUAUCUCAUCUCAAAGCACACAUGAGAACUCACACAGGAGAAACACCUUUUUCUUGUAAAGAAUGUGAUAAAAGUUUUAGUUGUAACAUUCAUCUCAAAUCACACACAAAAACUCACACAGGCAAAACGGCUUUUUCUUGUAAAGAUUGUGAUGCAAGUUUUAGUCGUAUAUUUAGUCUCAAAACACACAUGAGAACUCACACAGGAGAAAAGCCUUUUACUUGUAAAGAAUGUGAUAAAAGUUUUAGUUGUAAAAUUCAUCUCAAAAGACACAUGAGAAGACACACAGGAGAAAAGCCAUUUACUUGUAAAGAAUGUAAUAAAAAUUUUAGUGAAAAAUCUCACCUUAAAUCACACAUGAGAACUCACACAGGAGAGAAGCCUUUUACUUGUAAAGAAUGUGAUAAAAGUUUUAGUCAAUCAUCUAUUCUUAAUAGACAUAAGAGAACUCACACAGGAGAGAAGCUUUUUAAUUGUAAAGAAUGUGACAAAAGUUUUAGUUGUAACAUUUAUCUCAAAAAACACAUGAGAACUCAUCCAGGAGAGAAACUUUUUACUUGUAAGGAAUGUGAUAAAAGUUUUAGUACAACAUCUGUUCUCAAUAUACAUAUGAGAACUCAUACAGGAGAGAAGCCUUUUCCUUGUAAAGAAUGUCAUAAAAGUUUUUGUCGUAACAUUUAUCUCAAAGUACAUAUGAGAACUCAUACAGGAGAAAGGCCUUUUCUUUGUAAAGAAUGUGAUAAACGAUUCUUUCAUAAAGCUAGUCUUCAAAAACAUAUGAGAACUCAUUCAGGAGAGAAAUCUUUUUCUAAUAAACAAAUUUAGUGAAAACUGUCUACCUAAGAAACAAAGUAAAACUAGAAGGAGCUGCAUUUCCAGAAAAAAAAGCAGGGUUGAAAUUAAUAUUGCUGAAUUAAAAUGAAACUUAAAGGGUAUUAAUUGACACAAAAAAAUAAAGAAUUUUACCACAAAGUGAAAACAGUACAAAUAACAAAGAUGUUUCUGUGAAACAUCCCAGUGCCAGGUCUCCAACCAGCGAGCUUCUGCAUCAAGGAUUCCUCAUUUAUUUCAAUCGAUGCAGAAAUCCUGGAAUAUCUUGAAAAGUUAUAGAAAGUAGCAAAAGUACCAAAAGUCAUAGCUGGAAAAAGCUGUAACAUUUUUUAUAGUUGAAAGGUUGAAAUAGCUGAAAUUUUUUUUGAAAGGAGUUAAGUGGCCAAAAAUGGCGGAAGAUACAAAAUAAAGGAAGACAAAAACAAUUAUGGGGUCAAAUCAGAAUCGGCUUAAAACAAGUAAAAGAACAGGUUGAAAAAUUGAGAAAUAUAUCAUAAAUAAAAAAAAUGAAACCAGUUCUAAACUUAAAAGUUAACAAUUUAAAUUUGAAGGAUUUAUUUAAAAAUGUACUUGUAAAUUUGAAUCAUAAACAUAAUAAAACGAAUACAGGGUAGAUAACUGCCAAAAGGAAAUGUAUACUGAUGAAGAAAGUUGUGCACAUUUCAGAAACAAAAAUAUGAAUAGAACACUAAGUUUUAACUAUGACAUGUUAACUUUGAAUAUGACUUUGUUCUGAAUAUGUUAUAUAUGUAUAUAUAUCUUAUUAGAUCAAUGUCAAAAUACAUCACAGGUUCACGGCGUUAAUAUCUUAUUUUAUAUUGUUUUUCUAACUGCUAUAUUUUUUAUCUUGAUUUUAUUUUAUAUUUUUUAUCUGAGAAGCAUUUUGAGAUGUUAUGUUGCAUGAAAAGUGCUAUAUAAAUAAAGGUGAAUUUGGAUUUGAA